AUGGUGUCUUCACUCAAGCCCAAGCGCGGGGCCCUAGGCCGCGCGCAAGACCUCCGGGAGAUGCGGCGACGCGAGAUCGAGGACAACCGCUCGGAGAUCAAGAGGUACUACGGGCAGCAGAGGGUCAUGGACGUGGACUCGAUGGCGCGACAGAAGGACGACGUGCGACGGCGGUCCAGGGAGGCCAAGGAGCGACAGGCGGAGCAAGACAUCCUGGAGGGGCUGUACAGGGUGCAGGCCACAAAAGAGCUAUCGGCCCAGAGGUCCGAGGAAGAAGACAAAAUCGCCGGAGAGCUGGAGCGACGCCACAACGAAAAGGAGCGCCGCGAGCGAGCAGUGCAGUCGGUGCGAGAGCGCAGUGAGGAGCUCAGGGAGCUGGCGGAGAAGAUCCGCACCGCCCAAGUGAACAAGGAGCGGCACCUUCAAAAGAUGGAGCAUCAGAUCAUCGCCGCCAAGGAGGCACAGUAUCACAGCCUGUUCGACGAGCUCAUGGAACACAAACGCGUGGAGGGCGUGGAAGCAGAAAACGAGCAGCAGCGGCUGCGGCGGGAGGGCAACAUCAAGAGCCGGCACGUGCUGAAGGAGCAGAUGCAGGAAAAGGAGGAGGCCAAGAGGGCGGCCCAGAUGGAGUACGACAAGGAGAAGGCCAUGAUAGAUGAGGUUGUUCGAAGGAUCGAGGAGGAAGACGCCGCAGAGGCGCAUUUGAAGAUGGCAAAGAAACAGGAGACCCUGGAGUACGUCAAGGGGUUCCUGGAAGAGCGGGAGCGGCUGAGGAGGGAGCAGAAGGAAAAGGAAAACCUCGAGGACCGCCGCAUCAUGGAGUACUGGGAGCACGUGCGCGGGCGCGAGGGCGACGAAGCCGCACGGAAGCAGACCGUCGCGGACGAGGCCGACCGCAUAUACCGGCGCCUCUUCAGGGAGAAAGAGGCCCAAAUUGCGGCGCGGCUGGAGGAGGAGAGGCUUAUGGAUCUCCUGAGGGCGGAGGAGGAGGAGCAGAAGCGGCAGAAAGCGGCGGAGGAGCGACGAGAGAGGGCGGAGAGGCAGCGGGAGGCCAUGAUGCGGGAGAACGAGGCGCAGAUGAAGCUCAAGGCGGAACGGGACGCCCAGAGGCGGGAAGAGGAAGAGAGGUUCCGCCAGGAGAUGGUGCGCAAAUUCGCGGAGGAUGAUCGAAUCGAUCAGAUGAAUGCCCAGCGCCGCCGCAUGAAGCAGCUGGAGCACAGGCGCGAGGUGGAGCGCCUCAUCGACGAGAAGCGAGCCAUGUACGAGGAGACUCUGCGGAGGGAGGCGGAGGAGGAGAUGGAAAGGCGGGAAGCGGAGGCACGGCGGGAAGUCCUGGUGGAGGAGGAAAGGCGCCGGCUGCUGCGCGAGGCCGCCAACCUCAAGGACUACUUCCCCAAAGGCGUCCUGCGCGACCAGGAAGAAUUGGAUUACGUCAACCAGGUGGCCAAGGAAGCGGAAGAUCAAAAGGCGGCACAGUCUUGA